GCGUGACCAGCUCGCCGUUUCUUCAACGCGGGAAAUUUAAAAAAUCAAGUAAUUUUAUGUAUUAAUUAUCAAACAAAACUUAAUUUAAAACCUAUAUUAAAAAUAGUCGUAUAAGUCCAUAGUAGGAAACAUCUAGACUCCUAGAACUGCACGACGACUGUCCUGGCAGGACAACAAAUCAGCAUGGAAGCUAACUCUAACCGGCUAACUAACUAAGUUAUCAUUGUGCUAUGUGACAGCUUGCCGCUAACGAUAACGUGUGUUUAAUAAACCAUAACUCAUAACUGAAUGCAGUAAUCUGCUCGCCGUAAUUAAGGACCGGCUAAUGUUACACAUGGAACAGUGCUGAGAGAGGGGAUAAAACACACACACAGCCAUGUCUUUCGGACAGUUCAACUACACUGCUGAGGAAUACCAGGCCAUUCAGAAUGCUCUUCGACGGAUGCUUGGACCGGAGUACAUUAGCACUCGGCUAGCAGGAGGAGGACAAAAGGUGUGUUACAUCGAGGGUCACAAGGUCAUCAGUCUGGCUAAUGAAAUGUUUGGUUACAAUGGCUGGUCUCACUCAAUUUCUCAACAAAAUGUUGAUUUUGUGGACCUGAUUAAUGGGAAAUUUUACGUUGGAGUCAGUGCAUUUGUGAAGGUUCAAUUAAAGGAUGGCUCAUUCCAUGAAGAUGUGGGCUAUGGAGUAAGCGAGGGUCUCAAAUCCAAAGCGCUGUCUCUGGAGAAGGCGAGAAAAGAAGCUGUUACAGAUGGGCUGAAACGGGCGCUAAAGUGCUUUGGAAAUGCUCUUGGAAACUGCAUCCUUAACAAAGAGUAUCUGAUAGCAGUCAACAAGAUUCCUAAGCAGCCCCCUUCACCUUUAGACCCGCACAAGACGAAGCGCAGAGAUAAUGAGCCGGCAGUGGAGAAGGCCCGCUACAGUAGCCUGUCUCAUACUGACUUCAAGGCUUUCAGUAAUCCAGCCGAACCAGUACUGAAAUCUCCAUCAGAACAGACUGGAACCCAUCCGGUUGCUUCAGGGCUGCAGAACACUGUGAGCUCCAGUGACCCAAUCCCAAACAUGACCUCACACACAGUCAACACAUCGGCUCAACAGGACUGUGAAAACAGGUCCGCAAUCAUGUCGAGAUCGUCAAUGGACACGGCUGACCUGUCCUGCUUUGACCCUGCGCUGGACUCUAAGCAGCAGAGGAAGCUGAGGCAGCAGCAGCUGCAGCAGAAGUUUAGACAGGAGAUGGAGGCAAAGAAAAUGCAGCAGGGGAAAGUGCAACCAAAAACUGAACCCACAGCAUGUCACGCAAACACAGGUCAGGCUUUGGGGCCUAUUAACCACAGCACGCCUUCUGGUCAUGCUCUGGAAAUGCUGGUCAAGAAGGAGGAAUACAUGAUGGAUGACCCAGAGAUGUGGGACUUCACUCUAGAUGGCAUAGAUAUGCUUGAUGAUCCAGUAAGAGAAUCGUCAGGGCUGCCCUGUCCUGGUACACCAAAUGAACAUGCAAUGGUGACGCGUAGUAAAACUCCUCAAAGGCCCGUUUCAUUGAGGCCACCACUUCAGUCACGUGACUAUCAGGGGCAAGGAGGUCACACAAGUUAUAGACACAAUAAUUCAGCAGCCCAGAAUGCAGCUCACGCAACAGGUCUGCAAAGCCCACAGCGACAAGGACAGUACUUGAAGAGAAGGAAGCUUGAGACUUGAACUUUUUGAUAUUUUUAAGAAUGUUGAAUUUAAUUUACUGUAUGUAUUUAAUUUGUACAGAAUUGUUGGAAGUGUUAAUAAAUAUUUAUCAUUGUUCAAAA